CUAUAAAUCACCCCGUGCAAGAAAACAUGGAGACACGAAACUUUCCCACAAAUCGCAAGAAACCCAAGAACCUUGCUCCAUUAAAGUCUCCCCAAAGAAAAGGAAAAAAACAUGAACGGUUCAUCUGCUGCUCUUACUCCGAAACGAUUAGAAGGCAAGGUGGCCAUUAUCACAGGUGGAGCAAGCGGCAUCGGCGAGAGCACCGUGCGGUUGUUCGUCCAGAACGGCGCUAAAGUCGUCGUCGCUGAUGUCCAGGACAAACUCGGCCAAUCCCUCUGCAACGAGCUAGGCGCCAAGGGCACCGUUUCGUACGUCCAUUGCGACGUCACGAGCGAUGAGGACGUCAAAAAUGCCGUCGACUUCGCAAUCGCCAAGUAUGGCAAGCUCGACAUAAUGUACAACAACGCCGGCAUCCCUGGGAAGAUUUAUCCGAGUGUCCUGGACUACAACAACGAGGACUUCAAGAGGGUCCUCGACAUCAACGUCUACGGCGCAUUCCUCGGGGCCAAGCACGCCGCCAGGGUCAUGAUCCCGGUGAAAAGGGGCGUCAUCCUCUUCACCGCGAGCAUUGCCUCGACGUGCUGUGGCGAGUCGCCGCACGCGUACACGGCGUCAAAGCACGCAGUAGUCGGGCUGAUGAAGAACCUGUGCGUCGAGCUAGGGCAGUAUGGGAUUAGGGUUAACGCUAUAUCACCGUGCGGGAUGGCGACGCCGUUGCUCAACAACACCAUAGGGCUCGAGAAGAGCACGGUUCAGGAGGUGCUGUGCGCGGCGGCCGUGCUGAAAGGGGCGGUACCGGAGGUGGAGGACGUGGCGGAGGCAGCGUUGUAUCUGAGCGGCGAUGAGGCCAAGUAUGUGAGCGGGCUGAACCUCAUGGUGGAUGGCGGUUAUUCCACCACCAACCCGUCCUUCAAGAUGGUGCUAAAGAGUUUGAUGUCUUGAUCUUCUGAGGUUGUAUGGUAGCCGCGAUAACAAUUUGAAUAAAAGAGAAUGCACGUAGUUCCCCAUGCGUAUUGGGGAAAUAGGAGCUUUCCCCUGACUCCUUAUGUUGUCCUUUUGAAAAAAAUAGAGAUGACUAUGCUUGUGGUGUGCAUCAAUUAGAUGUAUGAUGCAAGAGGGAGAAAUGAUUAAGCGACUGUCUUUAAUUCA